AUGUGGAUUCUCUCUCUCGUCGGGUAUUUAGGGGUGAUUGUUGGGUUCGCUUUUCUCACUCUAGCCAUCGCUUCGGGACUUUACUAUCUGUCUGAGUUAGUUGAGGAGCAUACUGUGCUAGCACGGAAGCUCUUAAAUCGCCUCAUUUACAGCAUUAUCGCCAUCCAGGUCCUCCUAAUUAUCUUUGACCGAUUCCCCAUCUGGCUCUCCCUACUCAGCAUCCUCUCCCACCUGGUUUACGCGAGCAAUCUGCGCCGCUUCCCCAUUGUCAAAUUAUCCGACCCACUCUUCAUCCUCUCAUGCAUUCUGGUGCUGUUGAACCAUUGGUUAUGGUUUCGUCACUUUUCGAUGCCUCCCUCUCCAUCCCGCCGAGCCGAUAACAACUGGCGUCAGCCGUACCAGGUGAAUUAUGACGAAAUGCCUUCAUUCUCUGAGGUCGCCUCUUAUUUUGGAUUAUGUGUGUGGCUGGUCCCCUUUGCCCUGUUUGUCAGUCUGAGUGCUGGUGAGAAUGUGCUGCCAAGUAUGGGAUCCGAGUAUGCCACUGGAGACCGUGCCGCCAGUGGGUUGGGCCACAGCCGGGCCACCUCGGACGGCAAGUCUAAGAACAAAGGAAUGGCCAAGGCUCUGGUGGACAGUGUGCGAGAUUGGGCCCGGGAAAAUGGCGAACUCAUGGGCUUAUGGCGGGGCGAGCGAACUGGACGCUUUUGA